AUAGCUGUCAGAAGGAUGUGAAGCUUACUAUGGACACGAUGAGAGCGUUUAUUUUCCUUGUCUGGCUACUUUAUGUCAUCUGUAUUACCUACAGUUUAGAUGUGAAAACUGAAGUUGGCCCAGUGGAGUAUGGGAAAAGUGUGACACUAAAGUGUACUUUACCACCACCCAACACUGCAGUGCAAGUGACAUGGACAAAGGUUGUAGGUGACAAGGAAGUGACCGUAGCCAUUUACACAUCAGAUUCCGGAGCUGAAAUCACUAAAAGCUACAAAGAUCGUCUAUGGAUGAGCACUUCAGGCCUAAACGAGACGGCGAUCACAGUUCAUAAAACCAACAUUCAGGAUAAAGGUUGCUACAGAUGUAUUUUUAAUUUCCUACCCAACGGGUCAAAGGAAGGAGAAGUGUGCCUUCAGAUUCCUGGGAAGGUGCUAAUUGAAAAACAUCUCUGGGUACGGCUUUUUCAGCCUGUGACACUGAAGUGCAUCAACAUAGAAGACUCUAAAGUGGUACAGAUAUCAUGGCAGAAAAAUGAUAAAAACAUAGCAACGUACGAAAAAGGAGAAUAUAUUGCACCAGAAUAUAAAGAUGCAAUCAGCGUGGCGAUGGAAGGUGUGAACGUGACUUCGCUGACCGUAUUUAGAGCCAAUGUAAGCGAUGAAGGAAAUUACAAAUGUAUAUUCAACAUCUUUCCAGGAGGAGCUCUUACAGGGGAGACGUUCUUACAGGUCUAUGAUCCUUUGAACGUAACAGUGUCUAAGAGUCUUGAAACUGGGUGCCUUAUGAUAACAUGUGUGGCGAAGAGCUGGCCACCUUCCAAGAUUUCUUGGCUGGAUGUAGAUGAAGGAUCCCUUAAUGACACUACCUAUGAUGGAUUUCUAACUGUUACAAGCAGAGUACUGAUCAGCAGCCCAGACAGUCAGAAAAAGCCGCAAUGCAAAGUCCUUUACUUAGGGAAAGAAUAUCUGCAUAGCGUGUCUGCAGGUGCUCGAAGCCGACUCCAUCCUGUCAUUAUUGGUCUACUUGUCUCCAAAAUAUUUUUCCUCUGAGACCUUCUACAGCGCAGAACUUUACUUCACUACAGAAAAGGGGAUGAAUGAAUAGUGAAUUAAUGGACUAUGGACAAACACAUGAAUAGACAAACAAAUGUACAUAUGGAUAGAUGGACGAACAAAUUAAAAAAUGAACAAGAAUAUUAUGAAUGAAUGAAAGAAUAUAUCAAGUGAUGGAUAUAAGGGCAGAUGAAUAAAUGAAUACAUGGGUGGAUGUGCAGUCGAAUGAAUGAAUGAACAAAGGAAUGAAUAUAUGGAUGGAUGAAUUAUUAAUGAAAUGUUUGUGGAGAAAUGGAUGGAUAAAUGAAUAGAUGGAUGGAUGGAAACAUGGUUGAGAAAACAAAUGGAUGGACAGAUGAUUAAAAGAAUAAACUAAGAAAUUAUGACUAAAUGGAUGUAUAUGCAGAAUAAAAAAUGAAAGAAAGAAUGAAUGAAUGUGAAAUGAAAGUCAAUAAAUGAAUGAAUGGCAGCAAAUGAAUGGAUGGAUGAAAAACUGGAUAAUUGGCUGGAUGGAUGAAUCUAUGAAUUAAUAUUUUUUAUAAACAUCCCAAUACCUGUAUUUUUGGCCUCAGCUUUGCUGUAUGUACCCUGAAAGUCUGUAUGCCCCAGUGUCCCCGAUCCCUGUGCUCUGCUGCAUGUACCAUAGAAGUCCAUAAUCAACACCAUGCUGCUACACCAAUACAAUGCAAAGAAAGCUGAAGAAACACUGGAUUGUCCAUACGACGUCACGUCUUACAUGUAUUACAUAUACUUAUUUAUCACUUCUUCAUAUCUUAUUUAAUUUUUUAGCCAUGACUUCCUGUGAUGAAUGUAAUCUGCCUUUAGUAAAGCUACUGUUUAUACUA